GGUGAUCCCAACUUCCGGUGUAACGGGAGAAGCGUUUCACACGAUUACGCUGACCAGGCCCAUCGUUACACACCCGCAGGUAGUUGAACGGGGUUUUUGGUUAUAGUCAUGGCUUUGUAAUUCCAAAUAAAUAACCUUAGUAACUUUUAAAAAGGAAAUAGACCACAUAGCGUUGGACGCUGUUUUGACUAAAGGUAACAUCGUCUGAGCGACGGGUUCAAACGUUACCCAGCGACUGUCAGCUAGUUAGCUAGCUAAAGACGUAGCGAACUACUCGCCACCCAAGCACCUCUAAAUUGGAUCCUGGUGUCUAUUUCAAGAUGUCAACAGCGGGAUUCAACUCUCAGAAUGGGACUGGGACGGGACAGAAUUACCAGAAUGGUCCAUCACAGAAUCCAGUUGCCCUCCAGCAGAUGCCAGGAGUCACCUACGGCAUGACUCACCAGCCAGCCUACAAUCCAAUGCAGCCCAAAGCCACCGCGUCCCCUGCCCCUGGACUGUACCCCUCCGGGCCGUACCAGCCUGUUCCCCCAGUUAGCGCCUAUCAGCCAGGCCCACCGCCCUCAUCUUACCCAUCACCUCCAGGCCAACCUCUGCUUUCCAGACCACCAAUACUAGGCCCUCCAUCCCACACACCCCCUCAGUCUGCGAGCCCCAGCCCUGGUCCCAGGCUACCCCCAGCACAAGCCACACCUCCUCCCCCUGCUGUGUCCACUACCAGCUACUACCCCAACCCUCAACAGCCUAUGGCUCCAGCAUGGCAGUACAACACAGCUACCCCACCAGUGGGGCCGGCCACCUCCAUCAGCUCGCACCCCAGGGGCCCUGUGGCCAACCACGUGAAUCAAGCUGCAAGCAUGAUUUCCCCUCCACCUCCGUCGUCUGCAGCUUACAGCUCUGCACCAACAGCGCACAGUACCACCCAGCUCUCAGGCCCCGGAAUCCCACUCGCCCCUACACACGGAUACACUCAGCCAGGCACUGGACCACCACCGGUGAAUCCUGUGCCUCCCAACACCUACCAGCCAGGCAGACCUGCCUAUGGAGCUCCACCCACAGGACCACCACCAACCAUGAAACCCACACUACCUCCCACUGGACCCCCAAUGGGAAAUGCCACACCUCCACCACCCAGGGCAGAUGGAACCAUGGCUGGCAACGGCCCACAGGCAUCAAACAGCUAUAAUCAUGUUGACAACAAGAUGGCUGGCUUGACCCAGCCCGGACCACCUGGGCACUACUUGGGCCACUACCCUUCCCUCCCUCCUGGAUACCAGAACACCUCAGGCCCCCACACAACUCCCCCCAUGCAUCCUGGCAUGGCGGCUGCCCAACAGCCUUACACCCAAGCACCUCAGCCAUACCAGCAGAUGCCUGGUGGCCCAGGCCCAGCCCAGCUGAGCCCAUCAUUGGCAUCCAUGAGCCUCCAGUCCAGCACCCCAGAAGCCCUGAGAGUGGUCAACCUGUUGCAGGAGAGAAACCUGCUACCACCAAACCCAGUUCCCGCACCCACACCCUGCCUCCCCCAGGACCUGCAGAAGAUCAACUGCAACCCAGAGGUCUUCCGGUCUACACUGACCAGUAUCCCUCAGACCCAGUCUCUGCUCAAUAAGGCCAAGAUGCCCCUGGGCCUGCUGCUCCACCCCUUCAAAGACCUAUCGCAACUUCCUGUGGUGACAUCGAGCACCAUUGUCAGGUGUCGGUCCUGCAGAACCUACAUCAACCCCUUUGUCUCUUUCCUGGACCAGAGAAGGUGGAAGUGCAACCUAUGCUAUCGAGUUAACGAUGUCCCAGAAGAGUUUAUGUACAACCCAGUCAGCAGAUCAUACGGAGAACCACAUAAAAGACCCGAAGUCCAGAACGCCACCAUUGAGUUCAUUGCUCCUUCAGAAUACAUGUUGAGGCCACCCCAGCCUGCUGUUUAUCUCUUCGUUUUGGACGUGUCUCACAAUGCAGUAGAGACGGGCUACCUGAAUGUGUUCUGUCAGUCACUGCUGGACAACAUCAAUGCGCUUCCUGGAGACUCGCGGACAAAGAUAGGCUUUAUAACUUUUGACAGCACCAUCCAUUUCUACAACCUCCAGGAGGGGCUCUCCCAGCCGCAGAUGCUCAUCGUAUCCGACAUUGAAGAUAUUUUUUUACCAACACCAGACAGCCUUCUAGUAAACCUCAACGAAUGCAAAGAGCUAGUGCAGGAUCUGCUGAAGAGCCUGCCAAAUUUAUUUCAGAAGACAAUGGAGACCCAGUCUGCUCUAGGCUCAGCUCUGCAGGCAGCCUUCAAGUUGUUGUCACCCACCGGUGGGCGCAUGUCUGUCUAUCAGACCCAGCUGCCUAACCUUGGUGUGGGGGCUCUCCAGUCCAGAGAGGACCCCAACCAGCGGGCAUCUGCCAAGGACAUCCAGCACUUAUCCCCAGCGACAGACUUUUACAAGAAGCUGGCUCUGGACUGUUCGGGCCAGCAGGUGGCUGUGGAUCUGUUCCUGCUCAGCGCUCAGUACUGUGACCUGUCAUCGCUCGGUUGCAUAUCCAGAUUCUCGGCAGGGAGCGUUUACUAUUAUCCCUCCUACCACCACCAGCACAACCCUGCUCAGGUGGAGCGCUUCCAGAAGGAUUUGAAGAGAUAUCUUACAAGAAAGAUUGGAUUUGAGGCUGUGAUGAGGAUACGAUGCACUAAAGGUCUGUCCAUCCACACGUUCCACGGAAACUUCUUUGUGCGCUCCACGGACCUGUUGUCCCUCCCCAACGUCAACCCGGACGCCGGCUUUGCGGUGCAGAUGUCCAUCGAGGAAAAUCUGGACGACAUGCAGGUUGUCUCCUUCCAGGCCGCACUGCUCUACACCUCAAGCAAAGGAGAGAGGAGGAUCCGCGUGCACACUCUGUGUCUUCCCGUUGUCAAUUCUCUGUCGGAUAUCUUUGCGGGGGCGGAUGUUCAAGCCAUCUCUGGACUUUUGGCUUGUAUGGCUGUGGACCGCUCGGUGACCGCCAGUCUUAAUGAUGCAAGAGAUGCGAUGACCAACGCUGCCAUCGACUCGCUGACGUCGUACCGGCAGUCUGUGUUGACCAUCCAGCAGCCAGGCCUGCUGGUUCCAGCCUGCCUCCGACUUUUCCCCCUCUACAUCCUCGCCCUGCUCAAACAGAAAGCCUUCAGAACCGGCACCAGCACCAGGUUGGAUGACCGAGUGUUUGCCAUGUACCAGCUGAAGUACCAGCCGCUGAUUUACGGCAUGUUGAUGAUUCACCCUUCUUUGUACCGUGUUGAUGAUCUGAAUGAUGAGGGGGCUCUGAACAUUAACGAGCGGACCAUCCCCCAGCCUAAAGUGCUGCAGCUGUCUGUGGAGAAGCUCAGCAGAGAAGGCGCUUUCCUCAUGGAUGCUGGACUCGUGAUGUACCUGUGGAUCGGACGUAACUGCCACCUCAACUUUCUCACACAAGUACUGGGAGUUCCAAACUAUGCUGCCGUGCCUGAAAACCUGUUUAUCCUCCCAGAACUGGACACUGCAGAGUCACAGAGAACCAGAGCUUUCAUUGGAUGGCUCAGGGAUCAGAGGCCCUUCUUCCCCACUCUGCACAUCAUCAGGGACGAGAGCCAGCUGAAACCACAAUUUAUGCAGAACAUGAUCGAGGACCGGACGGAGUCGGCCCUGUCAUACUACGAGUUCCUCCUCCACCUUCAACAGCAAAUCUCCAAAUGAUCCUCUGUGAGGUUGCUCGAAUGAAGAAAAAAACCUGGAUCAAAGACAUGCAUCGUGUGUACGUGUGUGCGUAUAAAUGUGUAUAUGGGAACGUGUAUGUGUGUGUGUGUGUGUG